ACACCGGACCUUUAACUUCCAGAAAUGUAAAAUGUCGCAUUUGUAGUAUGAGAAGCAUGUGAUGUUUCCUCCAGUAGCAGGUGGUGUAAACGAGCCCAGGUGGCAGCAGCAUGGUCUGCUGGCCGGUGCACAGACAGGCAGGCAGACAGACAGAUAGUGGUCAUGCCAUUUUCCAUGUGGCUUGCUGGGGGCGAGUUUGCGCCCCACUAGCAGAGAGAGCAGCUAUUUUGAAAGUGACCCCUCAUUCAGGCAGCGACCGUGCAGCUGUCAGGAACCAUGACUGAAGAUGACGGAUUCUGUUGUCGUGGAGGGAUAUGCCAGACUCAGAGAUGGAAAAAAGUGGAAAACUAGGUGGCUCGUUCUCCGCAAGCCGUCGCCUGUAGCAGACUGCCUCUUGCUGCUGGUUUUCAAAGACAAGUCCGAAAAAGCGCAGGGAAACAAGGAGAGGGUCAGUGUGACCUUGGAGGAGAUCUGCGGUCUGGAAGUGGGACAGUGGUAUGAAGGUGUGGCUUUUACUCUGGCCAUCCUCUGCCUAAACCAGGCUGCUAUACUGGGCUUCGACAGCAAGGAGGCCCUGCUGGCGUGGGACGCCCGCCUACGAUACUGCCUCGGAGAAGUUCACAGAUUCAGUGUUGGAGUCUUACCAGGGACCAAGUUGGAGAGUGGACCCGCAACUCUUCAUUUGUGUAACAACCUAGUGGCUCUGGCCCGGGACGUCCCUCCUGUUAUUAUCGGCCACUGGAACCUUCCCGACCUGCGCAGAUAUGGGCCUGUACCCAAUGGAUUUGUGUUCGAGGGAGGAACAAGAUGUGGUUACUGGGCCGGUGUCUUUCUGCUCGCGUCUGCUGAGAGCGAGCAGAUCAGCUUUCUAUUCGACUGCAUCGUCAGAGGCAUCUCCCCCACCAGAGGCCCUUUUGGACUGCGGCCAGUUUUGCCAGACCCCAGUGCCAGCCAGACGAGUUUGGAGGAGAGGUUGAACCACGAGGCCCAGGAGCUGGAGAAACGACUGAGCAUGCUGUCUCACAGGAGCAGCACAGUCUCAUCCUCGUACUGUCCGUCUGCUGGGGGCGAUGAUCGUAGCAUAUCUGGUUCCUCCGACACAUCGGACACCAGCCAAUCAGACUGCAGCAUUGGCAGCCGGAUGGCCAUUUGGACCGAGCCGGCCUCCAACCCCUCUGAAAACCUCAGCCAUGUGGGAGCUAAAGCGGCACUACAGAGCAUCGAGAAGCUUUCCGUCAACCAGGGAGGAGGGAACCGACCUGCCGCCAAGCCCCCACGGCAGCUCCAGGAGAUCGGCCGUCAGAGCUCCUCUGACAGCGGCAUCGCCACCGGCAGCCAUUCCUCUUACUCUGGAAGUUUCUCCUCGUACACAGGCAGCCUGGAUAUUGUCCCCGGGGAGGACUUUGGGUCUGUUUUCAGCUUGCCUCCCCACUUGGCUCAAGACUUGAGCCCUUGUAGUUGCACCACUGUCCCUGGACAUGAAUACCAAGUACCAACAUCACUUAGGUAUCUCUAUGACAGCCCCAGGAGUGUGUUACAGGAGGGAGGUGGGGGCGCCAAAGACAAUGAAUCCUCCACGCCAACUAAGGACACUCCUGCUUCUUCAGGCCUCACAACAGACUCUGCAAAGGGGGAUAAAAGCACCACCAUGACCUCUGAGGGUCCCUCAGAAACUAGUGAAAGAGCAUCGGUGAGUGAACACUUACAAGGCUCCUCAGAGGAGAGUAAGAAAACAAAAGUGGCACCCUCGAGUGAACACCCAGACUCCUGUCACAUCUGCAGCCCUCUCACAUCUGUCCCCAAAACCAUUGUGACCAUCUGCUCAGUCUGCGGUGGAUUUAAGGGGACACCAUACACCCCUGCAAGUGGUUCAGCGGUCCCUGCCAUACCAGCAGAUCAAAGUGUUGACAAAUCACCAUGCAGACCCAGCGCUGCCAGUGAACACAAUAUUGCAGUGAAGAAAAUUCUGGAGAAACCCUGUGCCUCUCCUGGCUCUGGAAGCAUCCACAGCUUGGAGAAGCCAACAGUGAGGACGAGUGAGGAUUCAGCGCUGCCAAAAAAAGGAAGAGAGAAAUUAGCCAGUCUCUUGGCUGAUCUGCUAGGCUUUCCAAGCGUAGACAGGCAGCCCGAGGCAAAGACUAACAGACUGAACCUGUAUGAGUCAAUGAGCCCUAGCUUUGGGAAUGAGCUCAAAUCCACCCUAACUGGCACCUGUGCGCCACCGCAAGAUUCACAGCAGGACAAAAGAGCUGUCAUUUAUGAGAACUGUUUCAAGUGUCAAGGAGAGAACUGCCACCCUCCCCCACGGGUCGUACCUGCUGAGACAUACCGCAACAGGAACGUUUCCACUUUACAAACCUUUCCAACUGGGCUGCACCUGAAGGAAAGCCAAGAACAAGAAGUAGCUACUAAUGAGGAGCUGUUGUGUGAAGCUGCCAGUGAUGGAUCACAGAGCGUGGCUGGGCAGUGUCAGUACGAAGAGAUGAAUGGUCAGACGGUGACCAGUGAAGACAAAAGGCUUAAUAGUAAAGAGGAAAGACGCAGAGCUGAUCCCGCUUAUGAGAUCAUGGAGAGUCGGGGCCUGGAGAGGAACUCAGAGGCGGAAGAAAAAAGCAAGUACGAGCUGAUGGGCAGCUGUGGUCAACAACGGUUCCUUCAAGAGACUGAAGGCACCAUGUUCGUUUUCCCCCCCGAGGCACCGCUCCCCGAAAGGCCUCGCAGUGACGCUGUGACGUAUGUGAAUAUUCCUGUCAGUCCCACAUCCAAGAAGCAGCUCAACUACAUGGAGCUGGAGAUGCAGGAGCCCGGUCCCAGCCCCCGAGGGAGCGUCGCACAUCUCCCCGCUCAGAGAAAGAGCUCCACCAAGUACGCCCAGAUUGACAUCACCGCCACAGAAACGGCCCACAAAGUUGGCACACAGCAUGCCCUGGGUCGGCAGGAGGGCCUGCACACUCUGGAUCUGAGAAGAAAGGGGACACCACAUUGAUUUCUUCAUCACUGAACUGUUGAUCUCAGCAGGAUGUUUUUUGCCCAAGACCAGUGUACUACAUCAAACUCUAGUUUGAAGGAAACAUCUCUCUGAGGGGGUUUUCAGUUGAGACUGUUACCAAGAGAUCCUCAGAGGUUUGCUGUGGAAUUCAUUUUGGAAUUCAUCACAUCAUCCACACUUAAGUCCCAGGAAAUAUCUGCCCAAUGUCCAUUUCCUUAGAUUCAGACUUGCCUCCAUCAUCACAAAGCAACCUAGAGAUGGAGCCUCCUCAGAAAAAUUUGGCGAAGGAUCAGGAGCAAUUUUUCAAUCUUGGUCUCCUUUUAGUCUCGAGCAUUUCAUUAAAUGGCAUUAUGUCCGUGCAGGGGCGUCAGGCUAACUUGGAGGAAGAUGUGCCAGCCCAGAGCUGAGUCAGCGGCCCCGAUUAAACCCCCAGAGCAGAGGCAUUUCACAGCUCACUCGGGCCAUCCCUAAUAACAUGCAAUAUGCUGUUUUUGUCCUUGUUUGGGUGAGCAAGGCAGGGUGGCAGCAGGAGAGGAGGCAGAGAUGGUUGUUUAUUCUCAGGAGGAGUUCACAGUUAUUUAUUCCUCAGUGACAACCACAUCAGUAAUUCCACAUGUAGUUGCACGAAACUCACUUUUUAGUUUAUUCAUAUUUGGGGAAACUUUCCAUCCAGUCUUACUCAGAAUGCUGUAGAUUUCAGGCUCACUGAUUUGAAAAAAUGUACAAGUAGAACAGGAUUGUGCAUGGUGACUUUUUGUUUUUGCCUUAGUGUAACCUAUGAAUUGAUGUUUAUCAGAAUCUCAGUGCUGCUAUUGUUUGUUUUCCUCUACUUCCUAGUUCAUAUGGAGUGGGAUUUACUAUGGAAAGUGAUGAUCGAUAAUGCAAAGCAGAGAAGAUAAAAGAAAAUCUUUGGAUGUUGUUAAUCAUUCUGCAACAAUACCUGUCUGGCACUCAUGGCCAUUGUUUGUCAAACUUGUGUAUUUUAAAAAAAGUGUUGUUUUUUAUACUUGCUGAGGUAGUUUAAGUCCUUUUUUAUUAUUUUCUUCAAUUUUGCAAAAAAAAAAAAAAAAGGAAAAAAGGUAUUUAGCAAGUGUUUCUUGGAGCUACUUUAGCAGCCUGUUUUGGUCUCAUACCCGACUCAGAUUACACUCUAUUUUAUUGUCUGUAAAUACAUUUUCUUUCUAUUUAGCUGAUGUGGCUUGUUGUAAAAUAUACAUGUCCAGAUAUAAUGUAUGUACAGAAAGAAUAUAUGGAAAGGGUUCAAGGACAGUGCCUGCCUCCCAAGGCACUAUUUUUUCAUGCAAUACUAUUUUUCUUGUAAAUUAUUUACAGCAAAGUACUGCUUUGAUGUGCAUGUUCACUUUUUCUAGAACUACAGUAAAUCAUAUAUUGGACUUUUUUUCCCAUGUACAGUUGUAAACCAGUUUGGUACAAUAUUAUAUAAAGCACCUGUACAACUGA